AAGCAGAGCCAUUGCACCUUGUCAAGUCGUCUCUAUCCCGCUUCUCUCUCGCAAGCUUCAGGAUCCAGCAAAGCCCACCGUCAAAUCAUGUGGAAGUCCGUUGUGAACCUCGCAGCCAUUGCUGCUACCAUUGACGCAGCAGCUGUUGACAUUCGGGACGACUACCAAGGUCUUGUCUCAUCCGAGUCCCUGCGAAGCACCAUCAAGGCGGAGGCAUUGAAAGUGAGGGCUCAACAAUUGGAGCGCUUUGCAUACGAUUCUCCGACCAAAAACCGCGUGAUUGGAAGUGAAGGACAUGAGGCGACCGUGAAAUACAUCACCGACACCUUGAGCCAAUACCCCGAUUACUACAAUGUUUCGACGCAAGAAGUGCCAUUGAACGUCGGUGUGUCUGCCAACGUCACCAUCCUUGGCGAUGCCACAGAUGCCUAUGCGGUAGGCUUUGCGCCUUCUGGCUCGGCUUCGGGGAACUUGGUUGUGAUCCCCAACCUCGGCUGCGAAGAGUCCGACUUCCCCAAGAAUGCGACGGGCGGCAUCUUCCUCAUCUCCCGUGGCAGCUGCGUUUCCGGUGAGAAGGUUUUGGCCGCUAAGAAAGCGGGUGCAGAGGGUGUACUCAUCUACAACAACAUCGAGGGCAACCUGGAAGGUUACUCCCUACAGCGCGUUCCCGAAAGUGACGAUGAUUACGUGCCCACUGCCGGAAUAUCUCUAGGCUAUGGCAAAGGAUUGGUUGCAGUCGUCAAUGGUGGCAUUCAAGUUCCUGUGGUGAUGAGCACGACUUCCAAGGACAUCAUCAGCCACAACAUCAACGUCCAGACCAUCCAGGGUGACCCAGAGAACGUCAUCCAUGUCAGCGGUCACUCAGACUCUGUGACACAGGGCCCGGGUAUCAAUGACAAUGGUUCUGGAUCGAUGUCACUACUGGAAAUUGCCGUACAAUUGACAAAAUUCAAGGUCAAGAAUGCCGUGCGCUUUUCCUGGUGGACCGGCGAGGAGAUCGGCCUGAUGGGUGCUGAAUACUACGUCAAGCAUCUGAGCGCAGCCGAGAAGAGCAAAAUCCGCCUUUUGCUCGACUUUGACAUGAUGGCCUCGCCCAACUACGCCUUCCAAAUCUAUGACGGUGAUGGUUCAGCUUACAACCUCACCGGAGCCCCCGGUUCCGCCGAAGCAGAGGCUGAGUUCACACACUUCUUCGAUGAAAUCGCCAAGCAGAAUCACACUGAGAUUGAGUUUGAUGGCCGAUCCGACUAUGGCCCGUUCCUAGAGGCUGGAAUCGCUGCCGGCGGUAUUGCUUGCGGUGCUGAAGCUAUCAAGACCCAAGAGGAGUUCGAGAUGUUCGGCGGCGCUGCUGGCCUUGCCUACGAUGUGAACUAUCAUGAGGAUGGCGACAAUGCGAACAACCUCAACUACGAUGCUUGGAUUGUUAUGACCCAGGCCAUCGCUCACUCGACCGCUACGUAUGCUCUCAGUUUCGACAGCUUGCCUCCUAAGAACACGACUGCCACGCGUAAGCGGGGCCAGGCGGCGAUGUUCCAGUACAAGCAGUCGGCGUCAUACUUGAAGAUGAUUUAAGAUUGACGCUCUACCUACCCCCUUGCCGGCCUAUAAACCAUCGUCUCUAGAAGCAGAGCCCGAUAUCCCCAAGCGUUAUCAUUGUCAAUCCCGUACUGCAUUCUUACCCUUUCAAAAUCUUCUUGGAUAGCAGAUUAAACCAACACGAAAAUGAUAUAUCCCCUCUACGCUCUACAUCAACAUCAAUCUUCACGUGCCGAUCGCGCAAGAUUAAUUUUGGGGGUUUUCAUCGCUUGUGGUACACCUGAGGACUAUUGUGUGCUUCCCUUGUCCGAGACGUAUGCAACUCGCGGGUUAAAAAUUGUACAAAGUGAGCGAGGCACUUUGAGGUUAAGAAAGUUGAAUAAGGAGAGCUUUGAAUUAUUAAAUAAU